AUGACUUUGUUGAAUGUUAUUAAAACUAUUACAAAAAGUUUUCAUAUCCCUUCUAAACGUAACAUUCAUUUAACUGUAUUAAGAAAUGCUGUAAGUAUUGAUUUAAAAGAAAAAAUAAUUUACAAAGAAACGGAUAUUCAAAAAUGGCGUGCACGUUUAUAUUAUCAAAGUUUCGCUAGUAAAAUAUUACACAACCUUUCACCAAAACAAUUAUCAGAGUAUGACAAAAUAAUUAAUGGAGAUACAAAUGAAUGGGACUUGUUUUAUUAUGUGACUGGAAGAAAAGAACCACCUCAAGAGAUUGCUGAAACAAGUGUAUUUCCAAUUAUAAAGAAAUUUAUUUCAGAAAGUGAAGGGUUUAAACGUUAUAACUAA